CAACGACCUAGACAAGAGCGUGAUCAGCGAUUCGAAAACCAGGUGUUGCCCAACCGUGAUGAACUACUCUAUGUCAAUCUCUGUCAUGCGAUGAACAGUGGUGAUAUCGGACGAGUCAAGGCCUCUUUCUUGUUGUGGAUCUACAUAUUCAAAGCAACAAAAAAGCACAAAUAUGCAUAUCAUACAGCUCGCUUUAUGGUACAGAUGCGGGUACAUUUAUCCCGAGGACCUACA